CCAAGCUGUCGUUUGUUGUCAGGGAGAAAGCAGACACGGUAGAGAAGAAUGAAAGCGACCCAUCAGAGGCACACUUGAAGCCAGACGAGAAACAGUGUCGGCUAGACAAUUGCUUUUUGUUAUAUUGUAUGUAUUGAGGACGUGCUUGAUGUGUAUGUUUCCUGGCGUGGAGAUUUUGUGAUGUUUUGUUAAGGUGUACAUGCAGACGUUGCUCAAUGCAUCAGGAGGUUGCCAUGGCGAGGACUUUGAUGGAACUAGGAAAACAAGUGCAUCCAUUCUAUUGGUUAUCCUCAACAUGUUUUGACUCACAAAACCCAAUCCUGCUAUUUUAGCUGGAAUGGAUGAAUGUGGCAGGGGAAACUCACUAAAGCAGUGAAUCUAUCAACAGCAUGAGCAUCAGUGAGCAAUUCUGGAGCGAUGAAGACUCGGAUGGGAACAGCGACGGUGAGGACUUCUUCUGCGGAGUGCAGGGUCAUUAUGCCACCGACCUGACUCGACACCCUCAGCUUGAUAUAGAUGUUGGUGCGGUGAAAGACAUCUAUUCUGAAAGUGCCGUUUCUGUAAGGGAGUAUGAGACCAUUGAUGAUGUUGAUGUCAACCUACACAUUAACGUCACCUUCCUGGAUGAGGAGGUGGCGUCCGCAUGGAAGGUCAACAGAACUGAACCUAUCAUUUUGCGCCUUCGUUUCUCACUGUCUCAGUAUUUGGAUGGACCGGAACCUACAGUGGAAGUAUUCCAACCAAGCUGUAAAGAUGGCUUCAGUCUUGGGGUUCAGCUUAAAAGAAUACUCACCAUGUUUAUAUCCAACCAGUGGAAGCAUCUCAGUAAUGAGUUCUUGAAUAUACAACAGAGAAAGAGACACAGCUGGUUCAAAGCCGGAGGAACCAUCAAGAAGUUCAGAGCUGGACUGAGCAUCUUCUCCCCGAUAACCAAGUGUUCCAGUGUUCCUCUAAUCCAGGGCCCUGGGGUGAAGGUGAAGUCAGCAGGCCAGGAGUUACGAGUGACACGUCUGAUGAGUCGCUCAAUGUCCAGCUCCAAAGGAGACCUGAAAACUUCCAGCCCGAUUGGACAGAGUGUGGCUGUCCCAGGCUCAAGAUCCACAGUGCAGAUCACCACCAGACAGCUCAUCCAGCUAUUCUUCUCCUCACAAGCCCUGAUCCACUGCAAGAGCAUCCCAACCCUAGAAUACGGCUUCCUAGUCCAGGUUAUGAAAUACUCUGAACAGAGAAUCCCCACUCUGAAUGAUUAUUGUGUGGUCUGCGAUGAGCAGCACGUCUUUCAGAAUGGCUCAAUGCUAAAGCCUGCUGUUUGCACAAGAGAGCUAUGUGUGUUCUCUUUCAACACGUUGGGUGUGAUGUCAGGAGCUGCAGAUGAUGUUGCAACGGGAGCUGAGGUCGUGGACCUGCUGGUGGCUAUGUGUCGAACUGCCCUGGAAUCUGCCCGUAAAAGCAUCAUCUUUGACCCUUACCCUUCUGUCGUUGACCCUCACAACCCCAAAUCUCUUGCCUUCAACCCAGAGAAAAGAAGUUAUGAGCGACUACAGAGAGCGCUGGACAGCAUCACAUCGAUUCGAGAAAUAACACAAGGCCCUUAUGUCGAGAUAAAGAAGCAGAUGGACAAAAUGGAUCCUCUUGCACAUCCUCUGCUACAGUGGAUUAUAUCCAGCAACCGGUCUCACAUUGUCAAGCUCCCUUCUAGCAGGCAACUGAAGUUCAUGCACACCUCGCAUCAGUUCCUGCUUCUCAGCAGUCCUCCGGCAAAGGAGGCAAGAUUCCGCACUGCGAGAAAACUUCACGGCAGCACCUUCGCUUUCCAUGGUUCUCAUAUUGAAAACUGGCACUCCAUUCUAAGAAAUGGACUUGUAAAUGCCUCCUACACAAAACUGCAGCUGCAUGGGGCAGCCUAUGGGAAGGGCAUCUACCUCAGCCCCGUCUCCAGCAUCUCAUUUGGAUACUCAGGAAUGGGAAAGGGACAGCACCACAUGCCUACUAAAGAGGAAUUAGUACACCAUUACAACCGGGUCAACACUGUCUUACAGUGCCGGCCUGUACAAUCAAGAUUUCUUCAGAGUCGUAAUCUAAACUGUGUCUCUUUGUGUGAAGUUAUAACAUCCAAAGAUCUCCAGAAACAUGGAAACAUUUGGGUUUGCCCAAUUUCUGAUCACGUCUGUACGCGGUUCUUUUUUGUGUAUGAGGAUGGUCAGGUAGGAGAUGCUAAUAUCAACACACAGGACGUUCGGAUACAGAAAGUGUUAUUGCGUGUGAUUGGGGGACAAUCGCCUUGACUGCUUCACCACUGUGAUGCUUUGAAACACUUGAGGACCAUAAAACUGAACAUGCGAAGGAAUUACCUCAAACUAGAUGUUUGUCUUUACAAAAAAAGAACCGUUUUGUAACAUUUUGAUAAGCAUUUUCUAAUUUAGUCUCUAUUUAUGUCAUGUUUGCUCCUUUACUUAUGCUGUGUCAUGAAAAGUCCUUACUAAGCCUUAAUUUAUGAAGGUAGAAAGUUUAAAAGUAAAAUUCUUACGAUGCCCACCUGGGGGCUCUAUUCCCAAACAAAACAUUGAAACAAAGGAAUGAAAAGGGAUGGCCUAUCCAUAUACAAAAAUUAUGAGACUUCUGUUUUUCAUGUGACUGACAGCAGUUAUCUGUGGAUCGGACCCUUGUAAGAUGAAAUGAUUAAGAUAGAUCAGACAUAGAAAGCUGUAUAUUUAUUAUUCUGUCUUUAAAUAUGUCUAAUAUAUGUGAUGUUAAUCUAAAGAUAUCUUUUGAAGGGGGCUUGUCGUUUUUUAUAAAGCUCACAUUUCUAUGUUAGCACAUUUUCCAAUAAACUUACAGCAUGUGACUUAUGUCUUUCUAUUAAUAUGGGAAUGACUGUUUUUGUGUGAUGGUAUCAGGUGUGCCCACAAUAAUAAUAAUAAUAAUAAAAAUGUUAUGGGUACAUUUUUUAUAUAGAUUAAUUUUUGUUUUU